AAGAGUGGCGAUCAAAGCGCGUCAUGCGGCGAGCACUUGCACUGCUUCAAAUAUUCAAACAUCUGUCAAAAGUUCCCGCCGGGUUUUUGUUUACGUUCCGUUCGGCCAAAGUUGCGCGAAAAGAUCUCGUUUUGAUUUGUCUAAAAUUAAUCAAAUAAAUUCGUGUUUAAACUUGUCCAAUCGGUGUGUUUUGCUUGCGAAAGAAAUCUGGAGUGGCCUAGCGAUGCGAAGGCAGGUGAGCUUCGAACCGGGCGCGAGUUCGGCGGCUAGUGUGGCAAGCGAUCCAGAAACCCCGGAAGGUCGUCGGAUCACGCGGUCCAAGCAUGUCCCCACGCCGAAAAUGUCCGGCAGGAAGAAGUCACUGUUUGGGGGUGGUGCGGUGGGGGAGAACACGAACGACGAGGACGCCGAUUUGGGCCCGAUGAGUCCACUCAAGUUCAGCAAGAGUCCGAAGGGUUGUCGCCGGGGACCGAUGAAGGCCAUCAACAUCACCACAUUCCGGAAUAUCCUCGGGAAUGCCUCCCCGGAGAGUGACCGCUCGCUUUCUCCGGAUUACGAGCGUCGAUUCUGCCACUCCGAGCGGUAUGAAAUCCUUCCCGCGUCCUACGACAAGGAGAACAGCCACCUAACGGACGAGGACACGCGUCAUUCGUUCCCCAGCGGAACGCCCCGCAUGCGAACUCCGGCCGAAAGUGCCUUGCUGGACGAAACCAACUCAAACAGCUUGUCCAUUCUGAUGAGUUCUGACCUAAAUCUGGUCGACAAGAAAAACUUGGUUCUAAAGACCCCUGGACUGACCAGCACCGGUCAGAAGCGCGAACCGAAACUUUCCUUCCGUAAGCUGAGCUUCCCCGGCGGCAACUCCGCAUCAACUCCAACCGACGAAAACGCCCCGCCGGAACUGAGCGCCAGCAGCGAACGCAAGGCACGAACUUCGCUCUCCUUCGGCGAUAUCCGACCAAUCUCGACCAAGUCCUUUUACUCGUCCGCUGUUGAAAUCAGCUCCAAACCGGUCCCGAAACCCGCUCCGCCACCUCCGCCCUCAAGAAGUCGCCCCCCUCGCAAGCGUCCUUCCGCCAAAAACCGUGGCAAUUCCAUCCGUCUGGGCAGCCUCAACCGGGGCGUCUUCCACAAGAUCAAGAAACCAACCGCGGCCAAACCGAAAAACACAACCGUCAAAAAACUCUCCACCAGCCAAAUCCUCGAAACAACAACCUCUUCCCUCCUCAACAAAUCCCUCGACCUCAAACCGGGCAGCAAAUCGACUCCGUCGAGUCCGCACGACCGACAAACGCAGCAGCAGCUGGCCCGCAUCCAGCAGAUUCUCCGCAACGUCAAGAAUCCGAUCGAGCAGGCGCGACCGCUGUCGCUGUCGCGAUCGAUGUCCAACUUGACCGAGCUGAUCGGAGACGACGAGUCGGAACAGAGCGAACAGGAAGUGGAACCGGAGCAAGAGGAUGAUGACGAUGCCAAGUCGGAAGGGGGUGGUGGUGGUGGAGGGGGGAGGAAGUUUUUCAAGUCGAGUUCGAAUCGGCGGAUCAAGCGCGAGUACAAGGUCACGGAUAAGGUGUCGGCGACGGUGGGGAAGGGCGGGAAGAUUUCGCUGAACAGGAGCGGCGGGAAGGAGCAGAAGAAGCGGAAGUUCAAGUCGAUGUUUGAGGAGGAAAUCGACUUCGAGUCCGAGCAGCACGAAGUGGACGACCUCAUCAGCCACUUCGAGUGCGAACAGCUCGAGGUGGACGACCUCAUUAGCAAGCUGACCGAUCACCAGCAACGGUCCAGCCCCAUCGAAUGCGAUCCUCCACAGUCUGAGUUGCUGCCACGGGUCGAACCGGAACCGGUGACGCUCACCUUCGACGGGUUGCUGCACUCGGAAAUCAGCAACGACGAACCGAUUCCGGUGCAGUCGAACGUCAUCUUCGUUGACCGGCUGUCGCCGUUGAUAACUUCGUCCGCGUCGGAGUCCAAUGACGGUUACCAUCCGUCUCCGAUGGCGCAGAUUACGAACGGUGAGGUUUCUGUUUCUGUUCCAGACAAAUUGUUCCCGAUCUUUCACAAGGAUCAUCAGCGGACGGUAGCGCAAGCUGAAGCUUCACAACAGCAGAUCUACGGCGGGUUGUUCGAUCGGAAGCGACAGCGCCGGUUGCGAACGUGGCGUCCGAUUGGUUCCGACCAGUACCAGAUCGAUGCCGGCCAGAAGGAGUACGGUGCGCAGCAGUGCGCCGGGUGUGGCCUUAUGUACACGGUGCACGAACCGGAGGAGGAGUUGAUUCACGAGAAUUAUCACAACUCGUUGCAUGUGCUUAAGUUUGGGGGUUGGAGCAAUGAAAUCUCGGUGGCGCAGGUUCCCGAGUGGGAUGUAAGUGGUCGGGUGUUGGCCGUAACGUUGACCGACGGGCGGCACCAGCUGCAGAAGGUGCAGGAGGUGCUGGCCGUGGUGGAUCGCGAGCUGGGCUAUGUGGAACCGUGUCAGCUGACGGCGGGUUCGAUCGUGUAUUUGGCGGUGGCGCGAUCGGUCAUUUUGGGCGUUUGCGUGGCGCAGCCGUUGCAACAAGCCAACCGGUUGCUCACGAUCGAGGGUCUUCAGGGAUCGAUCGAUUGCUGCACGAUGGAGGCUUACCCGGCGAGAUGCGGAAUCUCCCGGAUAUGGGUUUCUCCCAGAUAUCGGGGCAACGGAAUCGCUCGAACCCUCCUCUCCGUCACGCGGUCCCACUUUGUCUUUGGCUAUCACAUGAGCUACGAAGAGGUGGCCUUCAGCGCACCGACGGAAGCGGGUAAGCGGCUGGCGGAGGGCGUCACCGGCCGGAAAGACUUCCUCAUUUACAUGUAAACUUCUCCCCGUUCUC